AUGGCGCUGGUGCACGAUGAAAUCGGAGCAGCAGCGCCCUGGCUUCUCACAAACCUUCAGCUGAAAGGUGAAGCCACAAAAUUGCCUGAGGUGCAGAGACGUGUCUCCAGCCACCCAGUUCGCCCGGGCGCGUCCGAUGGCGACACUGGCGACCUUGACCGCAGGUUUCAACUCUUGCGCAGCGUGGGCGAGGAGUGCCAGACCGAGCCGGAGCUACGGGAGCUGCUUGUGAGAAAAAAGGAGUUCAUCCUCUACGAUGGCUUCGAACCCUCUGGGCGCAUGCACAUUGCGCAGGGCCUCUUCAAAGCCAUCAACGUCAACAAGUGUACAGAAGCUGGUGGAAUUUUCAAGUUCUACGUGGCUGAUUGGUUCGGUCUGAUGAAUGACAAGAUGGGUGGCGACUUGAAGAAGAUCCAGGACACAGGCCUGUACUUCGUGCACGUCUGGAAAUCCUGCGGCAUGAAGAUGGAGAACGUUCGCUUUAUCUGGACCUCUCAGUUCAUCGAGGAGAAUGCCACUGAGUACUGGACAAAGAUGUUGGACAUUAGCCGGGUGACAUCUCUGGUCCGUGUCAAGAGGUGUUGCACCAUCAUGGGUCGUGAGGAGGGAAACCUCACGGCAGCACAGAUCUUGUAUCCGCUGAUGCAGUGCACAGACAUUUUCCUGCUCCGUGCCGACAUCUGUCAGCUGGGCUUGGACCAGCGGAAGGUGAACAUGCAGGCCCGCGAAUACUGUGGGUCCGUUGGCAUCAAGCACAAGCCCAUCAUUCUGUCCCACCACAUGAUGAUGGGUUUGAAGGCCGGGCAGGCGAAGAUGUCCAAGAGUGACCCCGACUCCGCGGUAUUCAUGGAGGACACUCCGGAGGAUGUUCGCCGCAAAAUCACCAAUGCAGCUUGCCCACGUGAGAAGGAGAAGAAAACAUCCAAACAGAACGAGCUCUCGGGCGAGACCGUCGGGGACGAGUGGGUGUUGAACAACCCAGAUACUUGGUUCUGGCUCCUCGUCUGCCUUGAGAAGAGCCGGCGCUCUCUAUUGUCGCUCAAUCGGUUGAGUGUGCCUGAGGAGAAUGCGAAAGGUCGGGGAACCAUUGUGGUUGACGGACGCACCUAUGAUGAGGCCGACAGCUUGGAGAGUGACUUUGUCGCAGGGCAGAUCUCGGAAAAAGGAACGCCAUCAUGGAAGGAUGCCGGCAGCAUUUUGCUCAGGAGGUGCUGGGAUGCAGAUGGAGAAGUUGCCAUGGAGUCGAAGGUGCGGCCGACACCCCUCCGCAGCUUGCGCGUCCUCCAGGAAGGGAUGUGCCGCUCCCUGGGCGUGGUCUUUGCCCCACGGCCGGGGCCAGACUUCGUCGUCACAGCGGAGGCGGCGCUGGCGGCUGUCCGGAGUUUGGUGCGCGCCAAGAACGCGAGGCACGACAAGCUGGUGCUCUGGUGCGAGGACUGGUCUGCGAUCGCUUUGGAUCAGAUGAAUGGCGACCUCAAGGCCAUUGGCGCCUACUAUGGCAUCCUGGCAGAGGCGGUGAAAGCCCUAGCAAAGGCUGCGCACAUCGACUUUGAGGUGAGAGUGCAGUCUGCAGAGAUCCUCCGUGACCCGAACAUGUACUGGAUCAGCGUCAUCGAUGCUGGGCGGCGGAAGCGCGUCCGAGCCUCCGGCGAGGAGCCCGUGAUCGGCCUCGAGGAGGUGGCCGAGCACCUUCCCGAGGGCGAAACUCUUGCAGAGAGUGGCCAAGUUGUCGCCACGCUUAUGCACGUGGCGGAUGUGGUUGGACUCUGCCGUGGUGUGCCAAGCACCACCAUUUAUGCCGAAGAGCGCAUGCAGAAGCGACACCAGUUGGCCAAGAGCUAUGUCGAGGAGAGCUUCGGGGAUUCCUCUGCGCAUGCUGGCAAGGUGUGCGUCCCGGCCAUCGACGUGGAGAAGGCACGGCUUCCCAGCCUAUCUUUGAUUCUCGGCGAAGGUGAGAGCAUCUGGAAUGGCAAGAUGAAGAAAAGUUAUUGCUUAGAAGGAGAUGUGGAGAACAAUCCCUUGAUGGACCUGCUCGACCUGCUCCUGAAGUGCGAGUUGUUGGAUACCGGCAAGCCUCUGCUGGAAGUUCGUCAGAAGGCAGAGCACGGUGGUGACAAAGACUACACCUCGUUGGCAGACGUCGAGACGGCUUUUGCCAGCAAGGAGCUCCACCCUUCUGCCUUCAAGCCCGCUGUGCAGGACCGUGCGAAGGCGGCGUUGGCUCCGUUGGUGCUGCUGCCCAAAGAUGCGGCUUUCAAGCGGCUCGACCUCCAACUCGAGCUUUUUCCUAUGUUUUUGAUACAAUAUUAA